AUGAUGCCAGUUGAUGUGUUUCUUUUUACCUUAAAUAAUAUAAAGAGAAAGAUGUAUUAUAAUUUUGAAACAUUGCAAGACCAACAUUUCAAAGAAAUGGAACAAGAAAAAUUAGAAAAUGGCUUAAUAAGACCAUAG